CAACUUUGCAACAAAGAAAUUGUGGGCUAGACUUCGAGUUGGCUGAUCCUGUCCAGUUCCUUCGCUUUGCUGGUCCCGGCCAUGUUUCCCCCUCAGAAUCUCAAUAUUGACCUGGAGGCCUUGAGUGGGAUUUGUGGCUCCAUUUCAAUUGCCUGCUGGGUCGUCGUUUUCUCCCCCCAGAUCAUCGAAAACUUCCGUCGCGGCUCUGCUGAUGGCCUCUCCCUACUCUUUCUCGUCGUCUGGCUCGCUGGCGAUGUAUUCAAUAUCUUGGGAGCCAUGCUCCAGGGCGUCCUGCCCACAAUGAUCAUCCUCGCGGUCUACUAUACUCUUGCCGAUAUCGUACUCCUCGGCCAAUGUCUAUACUAUCGCGGGUUCACUCUCCGUGAUGAAGUGUCCACCCCUAUACCAGAUGAGCACGAUGAUAGCGAAACACCUUCACCGGUGAUUUCGAGGAAACCAACAGAACAUUCCUCGCUCCUCUCCGCGCACCAGAACGGCCAAUCCUAUCAGUCCAACAACUCCAACUUGAGGAAUAUCAACGGAUCAGCUGCUUCGCCCCAAUUACUCUCCACCGGCCAUCGAAGACACUCCGCAUCUUCCUUCCUCCACCCAUCUGUCGACGGAACGCACCUCUCCCCAGCAACUCCCUUUGUUGAAUCAACAAAGCAGUCGCGUCGGACACAGAGCAUCUCCGCCCUCCAAGCCGCCCUCUUCAACCUUGCAGCCGUGGGCCUCGUCUGCGCUGCUGGGGUUCUAGGCUGGUACGUCAGCCAAUCAUCCCCGAAGCACAAAACAAAGCAUCCCUCCCAUUCGGACAGCGAGCUCGUCUUUGACCCCCUCGGUCAGGUUUUCGGAUACCUCUGCGCAGCGCUGUACCUUGGCUCCCGUCUCCCUCAGAUUCUGCUCAACUACAGGAGGAAAUCCACCGAAGGCGUGUCCUUGCUCUUCUUCCUUUUCGCCUGCAUCGGCAACCUAACAUACGUCCUGUCCAUCCUGGCCUACUCCCCCAUUUGCAAAAAGGGUCGCCGGUGUAAGGACGGGGAGCUUACCGCCAUCUACGGGAAAUAUAUUCUCGUCAACUUGUCUUGGCUAAUUGGUAGCUUUGGGACCUUAUUCCUGGAUAUGUGUAUUUUUAUUCAAUUCUUUUUGUAUCAGGAUAACGGGGGUUACAUCGCGCCUUCUGGUUUCGAGUAAUGCGUUGAUUUUUUUUUUUUUUUUUUUUCCCUCUCUCUGCUUUAUUUGCUUGCUUGCUUGACUCGGGACCACGGAACCGUAAAAAAAGUUUAUUAGGCGUUAGGGAUAGGAUUCCGGAUCUGACAUUCAACAUUCAACAUUCAUAUUGGGUUGGUUGUUGGUUCAGAUUCUUCGGCCAUCAUAUCAUGAUCAUGAUGAAUCUUGAAAAUGUAUAUACGAUAUAUGAAUCAUAGAAAGACGAGAAAGAAAGAAAAGACAGAACAAUGAAAGAAAAAGAACCAC